AUGCAGUGCUCAGAUGAGCUGCUCCUCAAGGGGAAGCUUCAGGUUGGGGAGCGGUGGAUCCGAGGCAUCUACCUGCUUUUCACUGCUAGGCCAGUAGGUGUCUUCUGUCUGGUGUUUCUCAUGAAGCUUCUGGCCCAGCAGAUCAGUACUACUACCAGGAGAAGGAUAUCCAAGACUGAGAAUACAGUGAUGAUGGCAGUGACUGUGUUGUGGUCUGAGAGUAGACAGACAGUACUGGUUUGGGAACCUGAAGGUCCGGGUUCCUACCUCCAUUCCAGAUUUGAGGUAUCCCCUUGGAAAAGUCACUUGCCCUCUAGAAAAGCUGGGGGGAGGGUGGUGAGCAUGGGCAGGAAGGGCAACUGGACGUGGGCUAUGUUCUCACUGGUCACGCCCAAGUUGCAGUUAUGGAUUCGAGGGCGGUGGUGUCCUUUAGGGCUGACCCGCCUCCGGAAAAAAGCAGAGUGUCACUUUGUGAAUGGAACUGAACACGUGCGGUAUGUGCUAAGAUGCAACCACAACCGGGAGGAGAUUGUGAGCUUCGACAGUGACGUGGGGGAGUUUGUAGCUAUGACGGAGUUGGGGUGGCCAGAGGCUGAGUAUUGGAACAGCCAGAAGGAGAUUCUGGAGUACAGACGCGGCCAGGUGAACUCUUACUGCAGGCACAACCACAAGGCGGGAGGCCCCUGGACUCUGGAUCAGGAUGCUCAGCCUGAGAUGAUUGUGUAUCCAUCAAAGAUGGCUCCCCUGGGACACCACAACCUGCUUGUCUGCUCCGUCAAUGGUUUCUAUCCUGGAGACAUUAAAGUCAGAUGGUUCCUGAAUGAGCAGGAGGAGACAGCAGCUGUUGUGUCCACAGGCCUCAUCAGCAAUGGAGACUGGACCUACCAGAUCCUGGUAAUGCUGGAAAUGACCCCCAAGCAUGGCGAUGUCUACACCUGUCAAGUGGAGCACUCCAGCCUUCAGAGACCUGUCAUCUGGGACUGGAAAGUACAGUCUGAAUCUGCCCAGAGUAAGAUGCUGAGUGGAGUCGGGGUCCUCACACUGGGACUGAGCUUCUUUGGGGUUGGCCUCAUUGUCCACAAGAGGAGUCAGAAAGCUACAGCCUCUGCCCAGUGGGGCCUGAAGCUGAGAAGAGAUUUGGGGGUCUUUAGUGGGAAGAAGUGGUUCUACUUGUGGCUUCAGACCCCCAUGGCUCCUGAGCUGAUACCUGAGGCUGUGUCCCCUGGAAUUGUUGCAUCCCCUCAGCCUUGCUCUCACAUUUGGAGGCCGCUGAUUGCACCCAGAUCUCCAGGAGUUUAG